AUGCUGAUAGGUGUCUGUGGAGGAAUAUGCGCGGGCAAGCGUACAAUUAGCGACUAUCUUAUAGAACAUCAUGGCUUCACAAGGCUGUCCCUAAAAAAUAAUUUAAUUUUACAGGAAACUCAUCCAGAUAAUAUUAUAAUAUCAGGCACUCUAAAUGGCACCCAGGUAUCAACUGAAUCCCAGAAUUCUCCCAACAAGCUCGCAGAGCAUAUAUUUGAGACAACAGAAGAGUUACUUGACUUCGUUACCAAGCGCUGGCGCGGACGAUGGGUAACAACUGACAUCCAUAAUCAGAACAUUCUGAAUAAACUUCUGGGACGUCCAUUUUUUAUCCUCCUAAGUGUCGAUGCUCCUAUCUCACUCAGAUGGAAAUGGUGGCAGGCAAGACAGGAAUGUUCUAGUAUCAAAAGUCCUCUUACUUUGGAAGAGUUUAUCUUAAAAUCAGACCGUCAUUUAUAUAGUUCAACCUCUGACUCCGGUCAACUUUUGAUAUCUCGUGCUACAGAAGCUUUAAAUGUCUGUGUAACUCAAAAUACAAACCCCGGAAAUUUCAGGGAAGGCACUUCAACUUACCUUCCCACCAAUCUUGGUCAUCAAAAACGGAAAGAAGCCUGGGACGAUUCCAAGUAA